CGAGGGGAAGGGCGGCCUGACGGGAGCCGAGUCGCCGCCUCCUGCGUGGAAACAUCAUGUCGCUGGCGGCCGAAGCCUUCGUGACUCAAAUCGCAGCUGCAGAACCCUGGCCUGAAAAUGCUGCAUUGUAUCAGCCACUGAAAGAGGAGCAGAUUUUACUUUCUGACAAUGCAGCCUGUCUUGCUGUUCAGGCUUUUUUGCAAAUGUGCAGUCUGCCAGUCCGGGUAGUUUACAGGGCAAAUGCUGAGUACAUGUCUCCGUCUGGUAAAGUGCCCUUUAUUCAUGUAGGAAAUCAAGUAGUUUCUGAACUUGGUCCCAUUGUUCAGUUUGUAAAAGCAAAGGGCCAUUCACUUAGCGACGGGUUGGAUGAAGUCCAAAAAGCAGAGAUGAAAGCCUACAUGGAAUUAGUCAAUAAUAUGCUUUUGACAGCAGAGCUGUUUCUUCAGUGGUGUGAUGAUGCUACAGUCCAGGAGAUUACUCAUCCAAGAUAUGGAUCUCCUUAUCCUUGGCCUCUGAAUCAUAUUUUGGCUUAUCAGAAACAAUGGGAGGUCCAGCGGAAGAUGAAAGCUAUUGGCUGGGGUAGCAAGUCAGUUGAUCAGGUGCUAGAAGAUGUUGAUCAGUGUUGUCAAGCCCUUUCUCAAAGGCUCGGGACACAGCCAUAUUUCUUCAAUAAGAAGCCAACUGAGUUAGAUGCUUUGGUGUUUGGACAUCUCUUCACAAUCCUUACUACCCAGCUGAUCAGUGAUGAGCUAUCUGAAAAAGUGAAAAACUAUAGUAACCUCGUAUCGUUUUGCAGAAGAAUAGAGCAGCACUACUUUGAGGGUCACGCCAAAGACUCGACUUUCAGGCCAUCGUUGAUAAGCUGAAUGGUUAUAUGGCAGCGGAAGUUGUAAAAUGGGAGCUUUUGAUUUUUCUGUUGUUUAAUGAAGACCAGCCAUGAGUUUGAAAUCGGGCUUUGUUGCACUACUUCUGUUUGAAACUGCCAAACCCCCCAAAACAACCCUGCCUACGAAUACGCUAGAAUUUAGGACAAAAUUUACUGGAGUUUUUUUUCAUUAUAAUAGCCUGUAUGCUAUUUGAAUUUUACUCUAAAGUGCCCUUGAAACAACACUGUAUUAAGAUUUAACAACAAUAAAAUUUACAUGGACUGUG